AUGAAACUACUUAUACUCCUCCUCUUUGCUGCUACAGCGGCUCAUGCAUGGGAAGAGAUUUUCCAUCCACCAUUCCUGAAGGGUCUCAGACGGACUGCUCGAGACGAGUACUAUAAAAUCCUUUUCAACAAAUCAUUGACAAUGGCUCAGCAGGAGAAGCGGAUCAUUGCCUGGGCAAAGAAACAUCACGUUGAGGCCACCACCAAAGAUUAG